AUGUACAAUAAUAUAGGUACCAUCAUGAUUAAAAGAUCAGGAGUUGAAGAAGAAGUUUCUGAAAUGGAUGACCUAUUAAAUCAUGUUGUUGGGUUGUCAAGAGAAUUUGCACUUUUACCCUCUGUCAAGGGUAAAAGUCAAGCAAACAGCCACCAAGAGAGUAUAGCCAUAAGGGAAAAUGCAUUAAUAAAUCUGUUCGAUGACACAUCUACAAUUGAUGUUAAUGAAGAAAUAAUAGAGAGUGAGGGUCCAAAAAAUAAUGAGGAGCCAGGACCAAGUUAUCCGGAAAAAACUAGGAAAUUUUCCAUGCCAAACUUAACAACUGCAUAUAAAGGACAAGGAACAAUAAAAGAGAAAAAAUAUAAGGAUUUAGAAGAGCUGUGCAAUAAAGACAUUAUUCCUUCCCAGUAUCAUCUCUUCUAUAAGUUGUUGCUCACCAACAAUAAGGACCAUCAAUCAGAUGUGCAAAGUGAUUGA